AUGGCCAAUCAGACUGUGGUGACUGAGUUCUUCCUCCAAGGCCUGACGGACACCAAAGAGCUUCAGGUGGCCGUUUUUCUGCUCCUGCUGCUUGCCUACCUUGUGACUGUGUCUGGGAACCUGACCAUCAUCAGCCUGACCUUGCUGGACACGCGCCUGCAGACACCUAUGUACUUAUUUCUCCGGAAUCUGUCCUGCUUAGAAAUUUGGUUCCAGACAGUCAUCGUCCCCAAGAUGCUGCUCAACAUUGCCACGGGGACCAAGACCAUUAGCUUUGCUGGGUGCAUUACCCAGGACUUUUUCCACAUCUUCCUGGGGGCCACAGAGUUCUUCCUCCUCACAGCCAUGGCCUAUGACCGGUACAUUGCCAUCUGCAAGCCCCUCCACUACCCUGUGCUCAUAAGCAGUAGAGUCUGCACAGAGCUCAUCCUCACCUGCUGGCUACUAGGGUUCUCCUUCAUCAUAGUGCCUGUCAUCCUGACCAGUCAGCUUCCAUUCUGUGAUACCCACAUCAACCACUUCUUCUGUGACUACACGCCUCUAAUGGAGGUCGUCUGCAGUGGGCCAAAGGUGCUGGAGAUGGUGGAUUUUACCCUGGCCUUAGUAGCACUGCUCGGCACCUUGGUACUGAUCACCCUGUCCUAUGUCCAGAUCGUCCGGACGAUUGUCAGAAUCCCCUCUGUCCAGGAGAGGAAGAAGGCUUUCUCUACCUGUUCCUCUCAUGUCAUUGUGGUUACCAUGUGUUAUGGCAGCUGCUUCUUUAUGUAUGUCAAGCCCUCUCCAGGAAAGGGGGUUGAUGUCAACAAGGGAGUGUCUCUAAUCAAUACAAUUAUUGCCCCCCUGUUAAAUCCCUUCAUCUAUACUCUGAGGAACCAACAAGUCAAGCAGGUAGUGAAAGACCUUGUCUGA